AUGUCCGAAAUGGUGAAAAGCCCAAGAGUUAUGCAGAAGGCACAGGCAGAGGUGAGGCAGGUUUUCAAUAGAAAAGGGAAUGUUGAUGGUGAAGGGUUACAUGAAUUAAAGUACUUGAAACUUGUCAUCAAAGAAACUUUGAGAUUGCACCCUCCUCUUCCUCUGCUACUUCCAAGACAAUGCUCACAGAGAUGCAAAAUCAACGGAUAUGAUAUACCAGUCAAGUCCAGAGUCAUCAUCAAUGCAUGGGCAAUUGGCAGGCAUUCUGACUAUUGGGGUGAAGCUGACAGAUUCUAUCCAGGGAGAUUUGUUGAUAGUUCAAUUGACUACAAGGGGGCUGAUUUUGAAUUCAUCCCAUUUGGUGCUGGAAGAAGGAAGUGUCCUGGCAUGGUGUAUGGUAUUUCCAAUGUUGAGUUACCUCUUGUACAGCUGCUGUAUCAUUUUGAUGGAAACUUCAAGGUGGAAAAAGCUUGA